GACGAGGAGCGUGCAGAUGAGGGGAGGGAGAACCAGGAUCAGGAAGGCGAGGAUGACGCAGCGCCAGCAGACUCCAGAGCUGUCACCAACCGCGCCGAGUGGCGUGAGUUUCGUGCCCAGUUCGCGAACAACACGCUGCUGGCGGACGAGCUGUACGGCGACAG